UGCUGUUCAUUUUGUGGAUCACUCACUUAUCGCUUGUUUUGGCACUUGUUUUCUUUUAUGGAUGGAUGAUCCCAUUGCGCGGACACGUCGUCAGCACACCAUCCCAUACGCCAACACCGCUAUCUACUUCCUCAGCUGCGUACUAUUUUUCAAGGAUACACCCCUCGCAGUGAAUACCUUUAGACGCCGAGAAAGAAGGGUUGACUGGCAAGGAAAAAAAAUAGUAUGGGUUGGGGGAACAAUUAGUAUGGUUGCUGCACACUUCUUUGUCACCCGUUAAAACAUAAAGGCAUCUUCAAUGGGUGUCUAUUUUUCUUUUCCAAGACAGUUGAAUCGGAAUGCAUCGGGACUCAGCAAAACCCUUCCCAAGCUUUUUUUUUAUAAUUUUUUCAAUUUUCAGAUCGCUCGGCUGGCCAAGUUCUCUUAUGCAAGCUCGUUUGGAAGCUAUUAAAAAUCAACUACAGCCAAUGUCUGCACACAAGAGUCCAGUCACCUGCCACGUCUUGAUCGCUUCGACAGGCAUUCCGGGAAAGAAUGUUGCGGUUAAGAUUGAACAAUUAGAUCAAGCGACUGCCGACUUCAAGGUGCUGUCCACCUCCGAGACCAACGACGAUGGCCGUUGCCCCACACUUUUACCUGCCAACCACCAAAUUGAAAAAGGCAUCUAUCGUGUCACAUUCGAAACUAAAAAGUACUUUGAAGGCCAAGGUCAGGCCUGCUUUUACCCAUAUGUGCAGAUCGUCUUUGAGUUGGCCAACCCAGAACAGCAUUAUCAUAUUCCAUUGUUAAUCAGUCCUUACUCCUACACUACGUACAGAGGUAGUUAGUUAAAUAAAAUCGCAUUCGUUUUCUUGGAGCUGGCUGGCUGGUGCCAAAUUCCCGCGUGGGACGGUACGUGGGUACCCUGACCUCUACCAAACUCAGACCCAUACGACCGUC